AACAAUAGUCAUUGGACGAAGUGAAUGGGUUAUAUGGGCUUGUCUAAGUUCCGACCCAGGAAAGUCCCCGGGCCACUUUCCGCAGAGAUGCGGCCUCGAGAAAUGAGGAAAAAGAUAGAGAUGGGGAAAGUUGUUACCGGAUUUUUGGUGAGACUAUUGAUAUUGCUUCGACCGGAGACGGUGUUUGCGAUGUUGGUUGAGAUAACGGAAAGAGAGAUGGCGCAUUGUGACAAGAAAGACGUUCUGAUAGUUGGUGCUGUCGGUUGCAAUAAGCGUUUGCAGGAGAUGAUGAGGACCAUGUGCUCUGAACGUGACGGUAAGCUAUUUGCAACGGAUGACCGCUACUGCAUCGAUAAUGGAGCGAUGAUCGCCUAUGCGGGUCUACUCGGAUUUGUUAACCGUAUUGAAACGCCAAUUCAUGACUCCACCUUUACGCAACGGUUUCGUACAGACGAGACAAAUCAAACGAUGAGGGGAUUGGUGAACAAGCUCGUGUCCAGAUCUCUCUCCAUCUCCGGGAAAUGGCAGCAACAACAGCUUCGUCGUCUCAACAUCCACGAGUAUCAGGGAGCUGAAUUGAUGGGGAAAUAUGGAGUUAAUGUGCCAAAAGGAGUUGCUGCUUCUUCCUUGGAAGAAGUUAAAAAGGCUAUUCAAGAAGUUUUCCCUAAUGAAAGCGAGUUGGUUGUUAAGAGCCAGAUUUUGGCAGGUGGAAGAGGUCUUGGAACAUUCAAGAGUGGUCUUAAGGGUGGUGUUCACAUUGUUAAACGUGAUCAGGCUGAAGAUAUUGCUGGAAAGAUGCUAGGACAAGUACUUGUCACCAAGCAAACUGGUCCUCAAGGCAAAGUAGUUAGCAAGGUUUACUUGUGUGAGAAAUUGUCACUCGUCAAUGAGAUGUACUUUUCCAUAAUUCUGGACCGUAAAUCUGCUGGACCGUUGAUCAUUGCCUGUAAAAAGGGUGGUACCAGUAUUGAAGAUCUUGCUGAGAAGUUCCCUGACAUGAUCAUCAAGGUACCAAUUGAUGUAUUUGCAGGAAUCACUGAUGAAGAUGCUGCUAAGGUUGUGGAUGGUCUUGCUCCCAAAGCUGCUGACAGAAAAGAUUCAAUUGAACAAGUGAAGAAGCUAUAUGAACUCUUCCGCAAGACUGACUGCACAAUGUUGGAAAUCAACCCCCUUGCAGAGACAUCCACUAACCAAUUGGUAGCUGCUGAUGCCAAAUUGAACUUCGAUGAUAAUGCUGCGUUCCGACAAAAAGAGGUUUUCGCCAUGCGUGAUCCAACACAGGAGGAUCCACGAGAGGUGGCUGCUGCGAAAGUUGACCUGAACUACAUUGGUUUAGAUGGAGAGAUUGGUUGCAUGGUGAAUGGUGCUGGAUUGGCCAUGGCAACCAUGGACAUCAUUAAAUUACAUGGUGGAACUCCCGCCAAUUUCCUUGACGUUGGUGGAAAUGCUUCUGAGCACCAGGUGGUGGAAGCGUUUAAGAUACUGACAUCUGACGAUAAAGUGAAAGCAAUCUUGGUGAACAUAUUUGGUGGGAUAAUGAAAUGUGAUGUGAUAGCUAGUGGAAUCGUGAACGCUGCAAAAGAGGUCUCAUUGAAAGUGCCAGUGGUGGUUCGUUUGGAAGGAACGAAUGUUGAGCAGGGAAAGAGAAUCCUCAAGGAAAGUGGAAUGAAACUCAUAACGGCUGAUGAUUUGGAUGAUGCAGCUGAGAAAGCGGUUAAAGCAUUAGCUAACUAAUCUCUCUCUAUAUACCGAAAGCCGGUUUGUUAAUUGUUUUGUGGUUGACGCCCAAUUUACACUUUCUUGCGGUUAUCAUUGCCUCAAACAGAUCAAUAAUGAACUGGUCUCCUUUUU